AUGAAAUUACUGGGAGUUUUAUCACCUGUCAAAAAUUCUACUGUCAGUUUAGACCUUCUCAACCUAUAUAUGGUAAAUCAGAUAUCUUGCAAGAAGAAGACACCUGAAACGGUGAGAAAACCAGUCCAUGUGAAUAUGAAUAGAGACAUAAAAAUGCCUCUAAGAAAGCAUGAUUUAGAACUUCCAAUGUCACCUCACUGUAUACCUUCUAAACUCUGCCUUGAUGAUAUGGAAAACAAUAUACACCAUCAAAGACUAGGUAGCAAGGAUGAGCUUGGCCCAGCUCAGUUGUCACAAGUCAUGGACUCACAUAGAAUGUUUGAACCUCAGUUCAGCAGAAGAGAAAACUGCAGUUCCACUCCACCAUCUUUUUCCGCAGAAUUAUCUUCUAACAGACAUAUACCAAAACAAAAUUUCCCUCCAAAAAUAGCACCUAGUCCUUGGAAAGUUGCAUAUGAAAAAAAGCAGAAUGAGGAGCUCGGUAAUGUUAAUUGUUCUGAUGCCUUGGUUCUCAAAUUAAAUGAAAGUCAAGAUGUUCUCAGUCCAUCAUUUAAAACAGCACGAUUUGGAACAGUAUUUGAAAGAUGUAACAGACCAGGAAAUGGGAAUUUCCUUACUAAAAGACCGGCUGUAAUUAUGGGUGAAGAUUGUGGAAGCAUGGAUGAAAGAAGACAGUCAGACUUCAUUCCAGAAAAACAAUCAUUGCAACAUAUUUGGAGAGAAAAUGGAAAAGAGGUUUCAAAUUAUCUUGAAGAUGUGAACCAGCCAUCUCCUAGCCUUCUGUCAGAGAAUUGUGACUGUUUCGUUAGUCAAAAUGUGACAAAUUUAUUAAACAUAGAUCAACAAAGGAUAAAGGAAACCUUUGACAGGUGUGGUUAUGAUAGUAUGAGAAAUAUUUGUGUAGUCACUAGUUCUGGUAAAAAUCAUUCCACUGAUGGAUGCAUUGGAAGCAUUUUCACAGAUCCAGAGUUAACUUUUAGUAAUUCUACUUUUAAUAAAACAAGUUAUCCAGAAGAGUGUCAGCCAAACAAGAGCUAUCAGAAAGAGAACAACAAUAAUGAAAGAAAUAAUCUUAGUACAUCUUUUGAGAAGGAUUGUUGCCCAACCAGCUCUGGCAAAAAAGGAAAACUUGAAAAUGAUUAUCAGGAAAAGACACCACAGAAAAAUAUCCAGAUAUAUCCAGUGACCUAUAUGGGUAAUAUCCAUUUGGAAAAAUUGCAUUCUAAGCAAUCAUGGGACGUUGGACUUGGUGAGAUUCUGAUGGAAGAAGGAGGAAUAUGUUCCUUAAAAGACAGGCCAACAUCUACUACAAAAAUCUAUCUUGAUUCUUCACAGAGUAGUCAGUCUACCAGUUACUCUCCAAGGCCAACAGAUAGUUGUUUCAGUUCUAGUUCAGAGAUGCCAUCUGAAGAUGAAGAUCAAAUACCACAGCAAAUUGAAGAUUCAAAUAGGAUAUCCAUCAAAACCAAAGAAACAACUAAUAAUUUUUAUCUAGAAAGGAUGACAAAAGUUUCAGGUGAUAGAAUUGUUAAAAACAGUGCCAAAACUCAUAAACAGAAAGAGAAUGUUCACCAGCUCUCAGUGAAAAAUAAUACAGAUCAUUUUCGACAGUCUCAAUACGAUUCAGCCCAUAUAUUGCGAAACAAAGCCAAUAAUAACUGUAUUCUGCAGGUUGCAAGAUGUGAUGUAGGGGUACAAACAGAGAGUGAACCUGUAAUGGAAGAAAAAUUAGAUGCUGCCAUACAGUGUGAUAUAAUUUCGAAAUGUACAUGUAGAAAAUGA